AUGGCUUUCUCCAGCCUGUGCUAUCCAGAAUGCGGGGUGGCCCGGCCCAGCCCCGUCUCUGGUACCUGCAACGAGCCGUGCGUUCGGCAGUGCCCUGACUCCGAAGUGGUGAUCAGACCCUCCCCGGUUGUGGUGACCCUCCCCGGACCAGUUCUCAGCACCUUCCCUCAGCAGAGCGAAGUGGCAGCCGUAGGAGAACCUGUGGUGGGAGCCGGCUACGGGGGCUCCUUCGCUAACGGGGGAUUGUACGGCUAUGGAGGCCGUUACGGAGGGUUGUUCGGUUAUGGGGGUUAUGGUUAUGGAGGCCGUUACGGUUAUGGGGGCUUAUGGGGCUACCCAGGCUUUUAUGGUAACGGAGGGUACUGGGGCUACCCAGGACGUUAUGCUCAUGGGGGAUACUGCGGCUACCCAGGCUUUUAUGGUAAUGGAGGGUUCUGGGGCUACCCAGGUCGUUAUGCUCACGGGGGAUACUGCGGCUACCCAGGCUAUUAUGGUAACUGGGGAUACCCGGGAUAUUAUGGUGGAUUAUGCGGUGGAUACGGGGGAUAUGGCCGCAGGUACCUUGGUGGAUACUGUGGGCCUUGCUAAACCCAGCAGGCCCAUCCGUGGCAGACCCAGGCAAUGAACGGCCGGAUACAGAUUCCCCCCUGAGCUUUGGGGCUUGGCUUUCAGACGUGCUGGGCAAACCCGGCUCCAGCUGAGCUCAGUGGGAGCUGUGUGUGCUCAGCCCUGGGUCUGGGAGCCAGGCUGCAUUGCUCCCCUCACGCUUCAUGGCUCCUUCUGCUCCUGCUUUGCCAGCCCCGCGCUGAGUCUCCUCCUGGCCUGUGGGCUCCUCCUGAGUGACACACAGACCAUUUCCCAUCAAUCGGGGGAAAACGUGGAAGGCAGGAGAUGGGUUGCAAAGCACCUUGGAACUCGGGACCGACUUUCUCUCCGCUCUGUCGAAUCGCUUUCUGUCACUGCACUGCCAAUGCCAUUCACAUUAAAACUCUGCUGCAUCA